CGGACAAGCACAAAGCAGGCAAGCACAAAGCGGACAAGCACAAAGUGGGCAAGCACAAAGUGAACAAGCACAAGAUUGGCAAGCACAAGGCAGGCAAGUGCAUAGUGGACAAGCACAAGGUGAGCAAGCGCAUGGUGGGCAAGCACAAAGCAGGCAAGCACAAAAUGGGCAAGUGAAUAAUGGGCAAGCACAAAGCAGGCAAGCACAAGGUGGGCAAGCACAUGGUAGGCAAGCACAAAGCAGGCAAGCACAAGGUGGGCAAGCAAAUAGUGGGCAAGCACAAG